GUGCUUGGGUAAACCGUGGGCUAGGAAUGGUAAAGGAAGCAGAUGGUCAGUUAGUAUGGACAUACGCUGCUCAACACUUAGGCUACUGGAUAGCAGCUCCACUGCCUGGAACAAGAGAAUCCAUUAUUAGUGCAGUUUCCAAGGACAUAACAGCCUAUCACACAGUGUUCCUGACGGCCAUACUGGGAGGUACUGUGGUCAUUAUCAUUGGAUUUUUUGCUGUUCUUCUUUGUUACUGCAGGCAUAAAUGUGGUCGGACACAAAAGAAGGAAAAGAAUACAACUAAGCUGGAGGUCAUUAAAAAAGACCAGACAACAUCAACAACUCAUAUAAAUCACAUCAAUGCUGUGAAAGGGUCUUUAAAGUUAGAGGAUAAGUCACAGUUAUAUACACCGAAGAUUUCAUACAGCCCCCAAAGAAGGAUGUCCAUAGACACAGAAGAUGGAAAAUCACGAGACAAUUUUAAAAUCUACACAGAGGAUGCUCCUUAUCAGUCAUCCUGUCAGGCUGGUCAGUCAAGAAAUCCAGCCCAUUCAAUGGACCCUAAUGCUGGAGUCAGGCACUUACAGCAGCCAAAGCAUAGUAACAGUACUAUUUCCCAGGCUCCUAGGGACAUUCAAGACCAAAACAGAUACCUGUCACUGAAAGAGGAGAUGUACGGGCUUUCACAUGUCCCAGAACAUCUAAUGCAUAUUUACAAUCAACCUAUUGCUAUUCUUCAAACCUCUGACCUUUUCCACUCCCCAGAACAAUUGCAUCCUGCUAAAUCAGCAACUUUGCCAAGAAAAGGGCAGUUAGUAUAUAGCCCCAUGAUGGAACCCAUGAAUCGCGACAGUUACAUGCAAACGUUACCGAAAAUGCCAGUGCACUCUAUUCCACAGCCCUCUGUCUGCAGAGAUGAAAACAGUACAUUAGACAGUGAAGAGGGCCUGCCUUCUCAAACGUCAAACUGGGGCCGAUACACUAAUAGCUUACUGGAAUCUGUCUCUGUUCCUGGGACAUUGAAUGAAGCAGUUGUAAUGACUCCAUUUUCAUCUGAACUUCAGGGUAUUUCAGAACAAACGUUAUUGGAACUCUCUAAAGGAAAACCAUCUCCACACCCUCGAGCAUGGUUUGUGUCCCUGGAUGGAAAGCCCAUCGCUCAAGUGAGGCAUUCUUUCAUAGAUCUGAAAAAAGGCAGAAAAACAGAGAGUAACGACACCAGUCUGGACUCUGGUGUGGACAUGAAUGAGCAUCAUCCAAGUAGGAAACUGGAGAGGGAGAAAACUUUCAUUAAAAAUAUGCCGCAUUCCAAGAUCCUUUACUUGGAAGAUCUGGAUAUGAGUAGCAGUGAAAGUGGCACCACUGUUUGCACUCCAGAGGACCAGGCUGUGAGGCACAUUCUGGAUGGAGGGAAUGGGCCAGUCAUAGAACAGCAUGAUGAAGAAGGUCUAAGAAGAAAAACUGUAUCAGGAAGUCAUGAAUCUGGUAUCCCUUCUACUAAAAAAAGGGAUAGACCAUCUAUCACAAAAAGAGAUAGCAAAACCAAUAUCUGGAAGAAAAGAGAGGAGAGGCCGCUUAUUCCUAUAAAUUAAAACACAAUGUGCUUUGUGUUGUUGCUCUCCCUGCUAGUUAUUGACCUCUUGGCUGCUUGUGUAAUUCUGCAGUGUUGAGUUUACAAAGGAAAUGUUGUUUUCUAGUUUCAAGAAAAGUUAACAUUUUUU